AUGAUAGUUGCGGUUGUUUCACCUCUGGCCUUGGCGUCGCCGAGGAGGGCUUUAGUCAUCAAAGUGGCUGUGAUCUUGGUUCUGUUUCUUUGCGUCGCGGGUGCCGUGCUCAUAUAUUUCCUAUGGCUCUACCGCGCCAAAACCACCACUGACAAUAGCUACUGUGAUAGUACCGACUGUUACCACUACGAGGUUUUCAUCAGCGGCUCACUCAACAGGAGCAUCAACCCUUGUGACGACUUCAGUGCCUUCGUGUGCUCUGCUUGGAAUUACCCCAGCGUGUACCACCACAAGUCGCGCUCGUCCAGGGAGGACGUCGUGGACGCCUGGUCUAAGAACUUCGAGCUGAUGCUAAGAAGAGGCAAGAAAUACCUCGCAGCGGCUGAAAAGCCGCUCGGUAUGCUCAGCCUCUGCAAAUACAGCUCGUUCCUCGAAUCGUCGUCAGGUACAGAGACACUUCAAAGGUUCAUGGAGGAGCGCAAGAUUCGCUGGCCUGGGCAGCCGUUUGGCGGUGUAAACCCGUUAGGUGUGCUUCUUGAUUUGGACUUCAACUGGGGCUUGGCGUUGUGGUUUCGCGUCGACUUGCUUCGAAAGCAGGGCUCCAGUGGCCAGCGCGCCUUGCGCAUCAGUCCGGCUGCGCGCAUCCGCGGGUGGCUGAGCCUCCAUCGGCGGCUUGUGUCUGCUGGCAGUUUCUUCGAUUACUGGCACAAGCACUACAAGCUCUUGGCGGCUCCGGGGACGCCUCCUGCGACACAGCAACAGGGAAAUAGGGCUGCGGAAGUGCAAAUUGCUAUGCUUCAGCAGUUGCUUGAUGCCAGCGGGAACCACACGUCGUCGGCUACAGAGUUACUCCUCAAAGAUAUGAAAAGCCAUACUCCCAGCAUUCCACCCGAACAGUGGGUGUCCAUGCUCAACGAAAAUCUUAAUGCCGACCCGGCGUUCACUGGCGACGAUCGCAUCAUCACCAGCCAGCGAGCACUCCUUGCUGCCCUUAACAAGAUAAUCUCUGGCUACCAUCACGACGAGAUAAUGGAGAACAUCUCUUGGCUCUUUGUACAGAUGAUUUCUCCCGCCGUAGAUGCGUCGAUCUGGUCGCUGCUGCCACGAGAAACCGCGAUGAAGCCUGACGACGAUCCAACAACUGCCGCUGCAAUGCAGGUCGCAUUCUGCUCGUCGGAAGUUGAGGCCGCGUACCGCUUUCUCAUCAUAUCACUCUACACCGUACAAAACUUUCCUCUUAAGGUGCGGCAAGAGAUCGAUACGCGGCUCAGGGACAUCCGCAACACAGCAGUGAACAAGAUUAACGCCGUUGAUUGGCUUAAGCCCCUGUGGAAGAGGCGCGCGCAAGGGAAGUUGAAUGCGACUAGGACAUUUCUGUGGCCCUCCGAACAGCUACUGAGCAACAUGUCGCUGUCUAUUAUGUACAAAACAUUUCCCGCUAACGACGUAAACUUCAUUGCGCUUUGGCUACGCGUGCGCAGGUCUGUCCAGGAACUCUCCGUGGAAUACGACGAGGCGUUACGCAUGCCGGCCAACUUGGCGCUGCCGCUGGUCGAUUAUGAUUAUCUGCUCAACAGCGUUGGCGUCUCAGCGCAGACUUUGUCGCCACCCGCAUACUACGAGCAAGGUACACACGCCAUGUUUUACGGAGGCUUGGGCUUUUUGUAUGCAAGCGAACUGGUGCGCGCUCUGGACGCUGAGGGAUUGCGCAUUGACGUGGAAGGGGACAUCGUUGGCGAGCUCUGGCUUUCACCUCUUUGGCGGCGCGCUGUUCUGGACGUUGCGGGGUGCCUGGCCGGAAGUGGCAGCUACUUCCCGGAGAUUCCUGCUCUCGAGAUCAGCUACAGUGCCCUGGAGACAGCGCUGCUACGCGACGGCGGCCGGCGGCAGCGGCUGCGCAUCGGCUUCACCGAAAGGCAACUGUUCUUCGUCACCCUCUGCUUUCUCACCUGUGCCCGGCCCGGCACGCAGCCUCCGGCUGACUGCAAUAAGGCGGUGAUGAACUUUCCUCCGUUCGCCGAUGAAUUUGGUUGCCGCGAUACUUCGAAGAUGAAACCUGCUAAACAGUGUCCUUUCUUCGGCCAACGAAUUUAGCAUUGAGUACAUGUGCACAGAUAGACGCAACGUUACAUGAUGCUGUGAUUACGUAGCACUAUACUGGUUCAUAUAUACGCGCCAUGACGCUCGUGCGCGAAUUUUCUAGUUAUUGCAGCCUUCGCACCCCGCUGAAAUAAUAUUUGUUUGCUGCAACAGUUCUCCAAAGCGUGACGUUUCAUCAUUUAUAUACUGUAUCUUGCGCGAACUUCACGUGCUGCAUCGUUUCUAUAGGCGCUGUUCUGAGCACGGAUUCGUGUCGUCAUUGAAUAGCUGUGCCUGCCUUGACAGCGCUUUGGAGCUGACUUAUUCUAGGAUUUGCGUUUUACAGUAAGCUAUAUAUUAUUGAGAAAUAUGUAAUCACUGCGAAACAUUUCCAGACUUUUGAAACUAACUUUAGCCAGACAUUGCACGAUAAUCAUAGCAUAGAAGUGCCCUGUGAAAGUCUGUGAAUAUGUAGCGGCCUUCCAGUCUCAAUCUUUUUUUGUGCUGGAAAGCAAUUUUUAAAUAUAAUUCCUACGCUAGUACUCUAACGCGCACAACAUAGACACUAUUGAACGAUGUUAAUAAUGUACAUAUAGCGUGCAAUAUCAGCGCAAUAAAUCCUGAUAAGUAAUGUGUAGCUUUAGUAUUGUAGAGCGAAACAAAUUGACGUCGUAAAAAAAAAGGCCUUGACAGUUUUAAACUCAUUUUCUUCCUGGGACAUACAUGUAAUACGCAUUAUGUGAACCGGCGGCAUUAUGCAUUAUGUGCAACCAUAUGCAACGUAUCAUUGGCUAGGACAUCAGCAAUCUCGAAGGUAUAAUAAUAGCAGCGGAAUAAUUCUAUACUGACCUAUGCAGUACCCAGAGGACUCAGGAGUACUCUAUUCGAAACAAUAAUGAACAGUAUAAACUCCUCUAUAACUAGACAUGAGGUCAGAAAUGCCUUGCAAGGCAUGAAACGGGGAAAAGCGGCAGGAGAGGACGAAAUAACAGUCGAUUUAAUCAAAGAUGGAGGAGACAUAAUGCUUGGAAAACUGGCGGCUCUUUAUACGAAGUGUCUAUCGACUGCAAGGGUCCCAGGAAACUGGAAGAAUGCAAAUAUUAUACUAAUCCACAAAACGGGAGACAUUAAAGAAUUGAAAAAUUGUAGGCCCAUUAGCUUACUACCAGUAUUAUAUAAAAUAUUUACCAAAAUAAUCUCGAAUAGAAUAAGGGUAACACUGGACUUCAGUCAACCAAGGGAAGAGGCUUGCUUCAGGAAGGGAUACUCUACAAUGUAUCACGUGCAUGUCAUUAAUCAGGUUAUCGAGACAUGCACAGAGUAUAUUGAGCCUCUCUAUAUGGCUUUCAUAGAUUACGAAAAUGUAUUUGAUUCAGAAGAGAUACCAAAUGUAUAGCGGCAUUGCG